AUGAAGUUCUUCAAUAAGAAGAGAUAUUUGGAGACAUUUCAAGAUGGCAAUCAAAUUGCAGGAGUGGAUGGCACUGAACAAGGUUACUUAGAAGAAGCCUUUGAUCAGGACUAUGAACCUGAAGAUGAAGAUGGACGUGAUUUCAAACUAUGUGGACAAUUCAAUGAUAUUGACAACUCCAAAAGAGAAGAGCUCUUGGCAGAUGCAGACAAUGAUGUUGAUGAUAUGCCAGAACUCACUGUCAGAUUCCAAGGAGAUGAUGACUAUGAAUCAGACAACUGA